GCCACCGCAACCGAUGCACAUUACCCAAAUUUCUUCUACAUGCCUGCCUAAGCAUUAGGUGAUACCUUACGCAGAUUUUAAUUUUCCGCACCAAAAGUUUUCACAGGGGGCAAGCACAAUGUCAAACAGUAAGGAAAGUGUCGAUAAUUAUCCGACGCUUAGUCUUCCCUUUGACUCGAUGAAGGAGGAAUAUGACGUGGUCAUUGUGGGAUCUGGGUAUGGCGCUGGGGUAGCAGCGAGUCGGAUGGCUCGCGCAGGGAAGAGUGUUGCAGUGCUGGAACUUGGAUGGGAAAGGAAACCUGAGAUUUGAUGUAGCCGGUUCGUUUCCGAGUUCAUUCUCCCACUGCCUGAGGGAGAUGAGCAUUUCUGGAAGAUCGUCCAGGAUAUCUCUUCUGCCCAAAUGGCUUUCGUUUGAUGAUCCCACCCAAUUGUUUCAGUUGUUUAUGGGCGACGGACAGCACGCUUUCUCUGCUCAUGGACUUGGGGGAUGCUCAUUGAUAAACGCCGGUGUCUUUCUCAAAGCAGACGAGGCAACCCUUAGUAUGAGCCCAUGGCCAUCAGAGAUAAGGAAUCACCCAUCAGAUCUAGAUGAAUACUACACACGCGCCGAAGCGAUGCUACAACCAACCCCAUAUCCCAAGAACCACCCAAAACUGACAAAGCUAGACCAUCUCCGACGCGAGUCACAGCUAUUGGGAAAGAGUAAAAACUUCUAUCGGACCCCUCUGACAAUAUUCUUCCACGAGGGUCGAAACAACGUGGGUGUCCCCAUGCAGGCGAACCGUGGCACGGGUCACGAGUCAACGGGUCUUAACGAUGGAUCCAAGAAUUCGGUGGCUGUAACGUAUCUUGCAGACGCCUGGAAUUGGGGUGCCGAGAUAUUUUGUGGAUGUGAGGUACAGUACGUGGAAAAAUCCGCAGAUGACAUGGGAUAUACGGUUCAUUUUUCGUGGCAUGGAUCAGGGCGGUCGGUUUUCAAAGAUGAUUUUAAGGAGCAACUAUUUUGGGUCAAGGCAAAGGAAUUUUGUUUCCUAGGGGCCGGCUCUCUGGGUACUACUUCCAUCUUGCUUAGAUCGAAGAAACGGGGGCUAUCGAUGUCUCCACUCGUUGGAAGAAAUCUUUCUGGUAAUGGUGAUCUGUUACUAUUUGGUUAUAAUGGCAGUGCUGAAAUCAACGGAAUCGCUCGGAAACACUCGUCUCAGGCAUCAGAUUUACCCGGGCCAACUGUGACUGGCGUGAUUGAUAAUAGGAUCAGCGGGACAUCAAAAAAUCCGCUAUCUGGAUUCGUUAUUCAAGACGGCUGUAUUCCAGAGCCGCUCAACCCUGUCAUCAACCUGAUGCUUACAGUACAGACGAUAAAGAGUCAAGCUCUGUCAUUUCUGUCGAGCCCACGAUGCGGAGCUAUGGAAGUACUGGCUACCGUGAAGUCCUUCUUGUUGGGUCCAUAUGCUAGUGGUGGAGCUCUCCAACGAACCUCAACGUAUCUCAUCAUGUCUCAUGACAGCAACGAGAUGACUCUCACACUGAAGGACGGACAGCCCCAUUUACGUGCACCGAAAGAAGGUCGGUCCAAACAUUUUAAAUGGAUGAAAGGGCUUCUAGAGGAGCUUUUCAUUCUCACCGGGGCCAAAAUGGGAUAUUCCUAUUUUUACGGUCGAAAUCAGGAAGAGAUUACAGUCCACCUUCUUGGAGGAGCCAAUAUGAGUAGUGAUGGGACGGGAAAAGGAGGUGUUACGAAUCACCUGGGAGGAGUUUUUACCGGUUCUGGAGACCAGGUAUACGAAGGCCUCGUGUGUUGUGAUGCCUCCGUCAUUCCGACUGCACUAGGUGUCAACCCACUCGCAACAAUAUCGGCCCUCUCAGAACGAUCACUCGGCUUGAUCACCAAGAGGGCAGGUCUCGCAAUUGACUUUGAAAGUAAAAAUGACAUUCUCAAAGCCGGCAGCAAGCCCAAAGUAUCUCGAAGUCACUACAAUCCUCGGCGCAGCAUCAGACAGACCUGUAAAUCAAUAAGCUGGCAAUUUACGGAAAAUCUGUUUGGCUAUUUCAGCGAUAGACUGGGAGACCGGGACCCCUCGGUCUCUGAGAUUCUGGGCCGGGGCAGUUCUUGCGCGAUGCGAGUCUUGGCUACCAUUGAAAUUUGGCGGCAAGAGAAAGGUCUAUUCGGAUCACAAUAUCAAGGCAUAUGCACCGGGACGGUCUCGUGUCGGGCUUUAUCUAAAGCCACACUCCGGAUUGUCAAUGGAACCGUCGACUUUUUCACAUCCAUUUCUGAAAGAGCUGAAACGUCUGCCAUUACAUACCAUCUAGAUCUGGCAUCAGUUGAAGGCAUUCAUUAUCACCUUGAAGGUCGCAAAAUUAUCGAUUCGAACGUUGCAUUGUCCGUCAGGAAAGCCUGGCAGGCGACGACAACGAUCGAUGUCAACGUCACCCGACAUGAUGACACCAAGGUCGGAUCCGGAAUUCUUCACAUCUCAUUAGCGGACUUUCAGAAACAGAUGAGAACAUUCCGCACCACGGUGCCUUUCAAAUUGAGUCUUCUUCUUGCUUUGAUUACUUUCUUCGUCUGCUUUGCCUAUCAAGUUAGUCUCUUCUUCUUCCGCCCUUUCGUUUCGAUGCGCUUCCCACAAAUUUCGAUAAAGAGCAACGUCAAACCAAAGCAGUCAGUGUCAUCUUCAUGCAAAAUCAAAGCGCGCGACGGGGUACAUACACUCUUGGAGAUUUAUGAGCCACUUCCUUGGCAAGAGCAGAAGGAUUCCUCGAACACUUUGAGCUCACCACCGGUUCUUUUCUUGCCGGGGAUCACUGGAUCUUGGGCCAAGUAUAGUCUGUUUGCACUGCCAUUCUUGCGCAGCAAUUUGGUCGAUUAUUUCACCGAACGCGGGCAUCGUUGCUAUGCAUUGACACCUCGUUGGAGCUGCGAUCCCUCCGUGGCUCAGAAGUCAACCGUAUUCGACUGCCGUCUCGACGUUGCUGCGGCAGUGCAAUAUAUUCGAGACAGGGAGCCGCAAAAGCCAUACGUGAUCGCUCAUUGUCAAGGGUCCGUCGCUCUCUGUAUGGCUCUGCUCGACGGCACAAUCAGACGUGAUCAACUCCUCGGGAUAACUGCAAAUUCAGUGUUCAUGAACCAAGUAUUUGGUUAUUGGAAUUGGGUCAAAGGAAGAACGACACUCAUCAUACAGCUCUACGAGACCCUUGCUGGAAGCUGUUUCCCGAUUGCGAGUAGUGCAAGUGAUAGCUUGCUCCAGCGACUUCUAGACCAGAUCCUUCGCUUCUAUCCUGUCGGACACUCGCGAGAUGUUUGCACUUCAACGGCGUGUCAUCGAACAUCGUUUGCUUUCGGAUUGCUAUGGAACCACGAGAAUCUCGACGCCAACAUUCACGACAAUGUGCAUACGUUCUUUGCAAGUACCUAUACAAAGUUGAUGAAGCACUUGGUGCGGAUGGGAACAAAAGGAGUUUGUUUGGAUAAUUCUCUCUGUCCACUUUUGUCAACACAGAGCUUGCAACGACUACGUGGGCUGCCGAUUUUGUUCAUAUCUGGUACCGAUAAUCAAGUCUUUGAUCCGGAAUCUACACUCAAAGACUACGAGUUGUUACGACGACAGUUUGGGGAGAAGUAUUAUCGCAGGUUUUUAGCAGAAGGAUACCGGCAUCUUGAUCCCAUUGUGGGAAAAUCGGCCGCGGAGGAUGUAUAUUGGAGGAUGUUGGCGCAUAUGAGAUGGUGCACCGAGAACGAGGGCUUUUCGACAAAAUGA